AUGUGAUAAAUGUGAUUCAACAUGUGAACAAAAAAAUACAUUUUGGGGUCGAGGUACUUUACCAAAAGAAAUCACUGGUCUAUUUGAAUUUGGCGAAUUUAGAGAAAUUGAAAAGAAAUAUAUUAAAAAGAGAAAACUAGAUAUAAAUGAAUUAAAAGCUAAUGAACAUUCUAGCAGAAUAGAUAGUAAUAAAAUGUUGUUAGAUAAUAAAACUUCUCUUGAAAUUUUUAAAAAAAAUAAAGACAAAAUACCAUAUU